AUGUUAGUUAGUUAGUUAGUAAGAUAACCCAUAAAUAACUCGUCUUCUGUUUUCUAAGCCUUUUAUGUGAGAUACGACUUCCACUCUGAGCAACGGAUCAGCAGUUACACCACCAUUAGAACUUCUACUCGCCUCCCGUUUCAAAGAACACUCUCUCCUGUAAUCCAGUGCCAGUGAACUGACGUCUCCAUAGACAAAGCUCUCAGAAAAACCGAAGUUUCCCUUCACUGAGCCCAAAGUAAGGAAACUGACCAUACCAGAGCACCUCCAUUUCAAUUGUAUAAAAAUGUUAAUCGAUUGGAAUACAGAUGCAGUGAUACUUGCUCUGCUUGGCGGGUCCUUAAUAUCUCUUGCAACUAUUCUAAAUCUUCUUUUUAUGGGUAGGGUCACAGGAAUAAGCGGAAUGGUCUUUACAGUCGUAAAAUUAAAUACAAGGGAAGGGCUAUUUUGGAAAAUUAGUUUUCUUCUAGGUUUAGUAAGCGCAGUAUUAUUUUUCAAGAAUUUUGUUGGCGAUGCUAUAUGAAAUAUUAAAAUUUUUGACGGAAAAGAAGCAGAAUUAGGAAUUACAAUGAAUGAAUGGAUUAUAGGCUCUCUAUUAGUAGGAAUAGGGACACAAUGGGGAAAUGGCUGUACAAGUGGCCAUGCAGUUUGUGGAAUUCCAAGGCUUUCACCUCGUUCGAUAAUCGCUACUUUAAUUUUCAUGUUUUUUGGCGUUGUCACCGCAACCUUAAAGCAGAAUAAACCCUUUCAAAGAGAAGAAUUUAUUUUAGAGCCAAAAAUGUUUGAAAUUAUAGUAAAAGUCUCCCAACUUAUCUUUAUUACCUUAUAUGGGGUUUAUUUUUUUGCAGUCUUUAUUUAUACUAUUUUUAAUCAGAUUUUCCUAAUUAAAUUUUCAUGGAUAAUACAGAUAUUCAUUAUAAAUAAGGAUAUUCAAUAUCUUCAAGACCUAUCAAAAAUAAAUUCGAGCCUGUUUUUUCAUUUAUAAUUGGAAAUGUUUUUGGGUCGGGGCUAGUUUUAGCUGGGAUGUGCAGAAGGACAAAAAUUUUAGGAUUCUUAGCUUUAAAAGAUGGAUGGGAUCCAAGUUUAUUGUUUGUUAUGGGAGCUGCUGUCGGAAUAAAUUUGAUAGCUUUUAAUAUCGUUUUAAGAGAGCCGAAGCCUUUGAUGAUAGAAAAGUGGUCAGUACCAACUAGAAAAGAUAUAGAUGUAGGAGUUAUUGUUGGACCUGCUCUUUUUGGAGUUGGAUGGGGUAUUACAGGAAUGUGCCCAGGGCCUGCUGUGACAAAUUUAGUACUGCUGCCACAAGCUAUUCUAAUGGUGAUUUUUAUAGGAAUUGGACAAGUAACAAUUAGAGCAAUUUUAGAUGCUUACCCGCCUGCUGCAGAUAAGGUUCAUAAAGGAUAA